CUGCCGGGCGGAGAAGCCUGGCACACAGCACUGCCACUGGAAUCCACUUGCACUCCAGUAGACCCUGCGUGACCAGGCUCGCUGCUGCCAUGAGAUCCUCUGCAGUGUAGAAAGAACCCCUUUUGCUGUUUACCACGAGGGACUAGAGUUAAGACUUCCAAAAUAUGGCCGGGGAGGUUUUAAUUCCAUCGUCUGGGAAAAUCACAUCGCAACUAACUGGCUCCUUGUUGGCGGUGGCGUUCCUCACCUCCUUCGGGAGCUCCAUGCUUUAUGGCUAUAACCUGGCUGUGGUCAACUCUCCUGCUGUGUACAUAAAGGACUUCUAUAACCAGUCGGUGGUUAAUCGUAAUGGAACCGGACUCAGCGAGGAGACCCUGACCCUCAUGUACUCUCUCACCGUGUCUGUCUUUGCUAUUGGAGGUCUGCUGGGCUCCGUCAUUGUGGGCAUGCUGGUCACUCGCUUUGGCAGGAAAGGGACUGUGGUAAACACAACAGUGCUGGUGUUUAUUGCCAGUUUACUCAUGGGCUUCAGCAGGAAUUGUGGGUCACCUGAAAUGAUCAUCGUCGGCCGCUUCAUCACAGGAAUUCACUCAGGCAUCUCUUUAAGUGUUGUACCGAUGUACCUGGGUGAGAUAGCGCCAAAAAACCUGCGAGGCUUUCUGGGUCUCGUGCCGAGUAUCUUUAUUGGAACCGGAGUCUUCACUGCCCAAAUCCUGGGACUACAUGAGCUUCUGGGAAAGGAGGAACACUGGCCCCUCUUUCUCUCAGUGGUGGCGGUGCCCACCUUCAUCCAGUUGAUGUUGUUGCCAUGGUUCCCAGAAAGUCCAAGGUACCUGUUGAUUGAGAAGCACAACGUCCAUGCCACCAUUACAGCCCUAAAGUGGUAUAGAGCCAAGUGCGACAUACAGGCCGAGAUCGAGGAGAUGCAGGAGGAGCAGCGCUCCCUGUCGUCAGUGGAGACUCUGUCGGUGUGGAAGCUGUUCCAGGAUGACACAGUCCGCUGGCAGGUGCUCAGUGUGAUGGUCAUAAACAUUGGCAUGCAGUUGUCCGGCAUCGAUGCUAUCUGGUUCUAUACCAAUGAUAUCUUUGAAGAUGCGGGUAUCCCAGCAUCAGAGAUCCCGUACACCACAGCAGGAACAGGAAUUAUAGAGAUCAUCGCUGGACUUGUUGGGUGUUUCUCCAUAGAGAAACUGGGCAGGAGGCCUCUGAUGAUCGGGGGUUUUACCAUGAUGGGAAUCUGCUGUGGUGGAAUCACAGUGUCCCUCAUUUUACAGGCUCACUUACCAUUCAUGCGCUACGUUGGUGUCACCUGCGUGGUCGGCAUCAUCGCAGGUUUCUGUAUCGGCCCAGCUGGUGUUCCCUUUCUGAUCACAGCAGAGCUGUUUAAACAGUCCCACCGGCCGGCUGCUUAUAUUGUUGGAGGAUCACUAAACUGGCUGUCUAACUUCACUGUGGGCUUCGUCUUCCCCUUUUUACAGAAGUCAGCGGGGUCUUACAGCUACUUGGUAUUCGGCAGCAUUUGUCUGUCUGUGGCCGUCUACGUUUAUGUGGUGAUACCAGAGACCAAGAACAAGACCUUCAUGGAGAUAAGCCAGAUGUUCACUAAGAAAGAGUCGGUUCCAGAGACCCAGGGCCUGAUCCACGUGGACCAGCUGAAACUAAAGAAGAUGAACGGCUACGGUGGCAUGGAGCAUGCUUCACUGGAGUUUGACAGCUCUUCGUCUGUACCUUAAACAAGCUCCAGUUUCUCACUGUGACUAUAAAACCAUCAACAGCUUCUUCUUCUUUCCCAUUGUACGUACUGUAUAUGUGGACAUAAACCAAUCCCCACCUCACAACGACUCAAUGGGGUCUGGUUUAGUGUACGUUAUAGACAACAAACAAUUGUAUCCAGUUGUGGUAUUUUAAACUUAACUUAUAUUCUGAUUAAAGUUGUCGCGUUACUAACUUAUUUCUUCAGGAUGGGGAGAACAACUUCCUACACUAGCCAGCAAGCUACAUCUGCAAAAGAAUUGCUGAUAGCUUGUAAAUAUUCACUCACGAAUCUUUAAUUGAUGUCUGCAAUGGUCGGCUGGUGGUCCAAUAACGACGGGUGAUCGGGAGACUAAUGUUUUUAGUUUUAGUUUAUGAUAAAAUGGCCAUCGCUGUACGACGUGCCUUUGUCCAUUGUUUGAAUCCUCACAGUGCUUACGUCUCACAUCAGUGUCACAUAAAUGAAUUUUUACCGGAGUUUGUGAACCUUUUGAAAUUAUGUUUAUCUUUUGUAUAUUGCAGUAAAACAAUAAUUUUUGAUGUGGAACCCCAAUAGGUUUGCAUGUUUUGACUGACCAUCUAUAAGACCAUAUCUCUUGCUACCUACUGUCUGAGCUGUACAUUAAAAUGUGCUGAAAU